AUGAGAUACUCGCCAAUCCUCUAUCAGUUACUUUGCUUCCUAUUGUUUCUAAGUUAUCAAGCUACUCUUUCAUCCUCUUCAUCUUCUUCUUCAGCAACACAAUUGUGCUCUCAUGACCAAAGUGCUGCCUUGAUCCAAUUCAAAGCCCUCUUUUCCAUCAACAAAACUGCUUCCAAAGAUUGUGAGAUUAAUGACAUUAGAUCUUAUCCUAAGACCAACUCGUGGAAGGAGGGUAUAGAUUGCUGCUUAUGGGAUGGAGUCAGUUGUGACAACAUCACCGGUCAAGUAAUCAGCCUUGACCUCAGUUGCAGCUGGCUUUCCGGCACCCUCCCUUCAAACAGCAGCCUCUUCCUCCUUUCACACUUGCAAAGGCUUGACUUAUCUUUCAAUGAUUUUAAGAAAUCCAAAAUUUCAUCCAAGGUUGCAGUUGAACCAGUUCUGAAACUUGAACAAUCCACUCUAAGCGGAAUUGUUCGGAAUCUAACAGAGGUAAGAGACAUUUUUCUUGAGGGAAUAGACAUGUCAUUGGUUGAUCCUAACUCAUUCAUGAAUCUAUCUUAUUCUCUCACAUCUCUUAGUCUCACUAGUUGUGAUUUACGUGGAACAUUUCCAGAGAACAUUCUCAAUCUUGCCAACAUCAAGUACCUCACAUUGGAUAGCAAUCCUAGUCUCACUGGUCAGCUUCCAAAAUCCAAUUGGGGUAGUCCUCUUGAGUUUUUGGAUGCAUCUCUUACGUCUUUCUCUGGAGAAUUGUCUGAAUCAAUUGGCAAUCUAAAGUCAUUACAGGGUUUGAGUCUCAUUGGUUGUAACUUUUCAGGAUCAAUUCCAAGAUCACUAGGAAAUCUAUCUAACCUUACUUUUUUAUUCCUUCCAUAUAACAAUUUUAGUGGUACGAUUCCCUCUUCACUUACAAGCCUCACACAACUGGGACUUCUUCAGAUUUGUAAUAAUCGACUAGAAGGUUCCAUUCCUGAUAAUCCAAACGCAUUUCCAAAUCUCAGCUUUCUAGAUUUAUCUGAUAACUUACUUAGCGGUACAACACCAUCUUGGCUUUAUACUCAUCCAAGUUUAAAUUUUUUAAAUCUUGGAAACAACCAGUUCAGUGGUCAUAUCAAUGAAUUCCAACAAAGUUUUUUGGAUUAUAUAAAUUUCAAAAAUAACACCUUUCAAGGAGCAAUUCCAAGCUCAAUAUCGAAACUUGUGAAUCUUCGUUUUCUUGAUUUAUCCUCAAAUAGUCUAAAUGGUACAAUAAGUUUGGACAUGUUCUCAAAGCUUCAAAAUCUCACCUGGCUUGAGCUUUCAUCUAAUGCCCUCUCACUAAUAAGCUCCAAUAGCAGCGUCAAUUUUGUUUUACCCAAUCUUGAGUAUGUGAAUUUAUCAUCUUGCAACAUCAAUGAAUUUCCUAAUUUUCUAAAAGGGUCAAAAGUUUUGAAAAGUUUAGAUCUUUCCAACAACAGAAUUUAUGGCCAAAUUUACAAAUUUCCAUGGAAAGUUAUUGAGUUUCUUGACCUCCAUUCCAAUUUAAUUGAAGGUGAUCUACCAAUACUACCCCACAAUAUCAGAUUCUUUUCAGUUUCAAGCAACCACUUGGCUGGAGAAAUUUCUGGUGUGUGCAGUAUGAAGUUUCCUGAGAUUCUCGAUUUGUCUCAUAAUAACUUUAGUGGAAUCAUCCCACAAUGUAUUGGAAGCUUCGGCAAAAGUCUGUCAUUGUUGAAUUUGAAGAAGAAUAAGUUUCAUGGAAACAACUUUGAAGGACAGAUUCCAAGAGUAACUGGAGAGUUUAGUUCGCUCCGAGCACUUGACCUAUCUCAUAACAAUCUCGUUGGUCAUAUCCCACCGUCGCUUGGAAAUUUGACUCAACUUGAAUCGUUAGAUCUUUCGUCGAAUAAGUUGGGUGGACAAAUUCCAAGGGAGUUGGUGAAUUUGACAUUGCUUUCCUUUUUCAACGUUUCUAAUAAUCAACUUGUUGGACCUAUACCACAAGGCAAGCAGUUCAGCACCUUUGGAAAUGGUUCAUAUGAAGGAAAUAAGGGAUUGUGUGGACCUCUACUCCCUAUACGUUGCAGCAGUGCUGAGCCACGACAACCACCACCAUCCAUAUGA